AUGGGGACGCUUUCGCUUCUCUUUGGGGCCAGCCUCGUCUACUGGGCCUACUUUUACGUGUCACGCCUACGGCACAGCAUCUCGGAGGCCAAGCGAAGUGGCUUCAACUACGUCGUCGUUCCUUGCAACCCGCUCGCGCAGCACUGGCGCGUGCUGUUCCCCCUAUGGUCUCGCCUCGUCAGGCUUCUCCCCGAGAGCUGGUGGGAGGAAUGGCUCGAAAUCAUGACUCCCGACAACAUCUACUGGUCAGGCUGGAAGCUGUUUGAGCGCCACGGCGAGGCCUUCCUCGUCGUGUCCCCCCGCUCGCGCCUCCUGUACGUGGCCAACGCCGAGAUGAUCACGCACAUUGUCACGAAAAAGGAGCAGUUCCCCAAGUGGGCGGCGCGCUACAGCAUCCUGCGCCAGUUUGGCGAAAACGUCAUCACCACCGAGGGCCAGGCGUGGCGGCUGCACCGCAAGGUCACGUCCGCGUCGUUUAGCGAGCGCAACGCCGCCCUCGUCUUCCGCGAGGCCAUUGUCCAGACGCAGGGCAUGCUCCGCGGCUGGAUCGGCCCGUCCGAGACCAGCAGCGAGGUCCUGCGCACCGUCGAGCGCGAUGCCUUGCGCAUGGCGCUUCACAUCAUUGGUUACGUGGGCUUCGGGCUGCGGCUGCUCUGGCCUGGGCAGACGGUGCCGGCGAACAUGGACCCCAAGCAGGUCAAGUACGCGUCGCUGCAAGCGCCUGAAGGGCACAACAUGAGCUUCGUCGACACCAUGUUGAGCGUCAUGCACAACAUGCUGUUGCUGCUGCUGACGCCAAAGUGGAUUCUCAAGGCCUGGCCUUCCGAACGGACCAAGGAGGCUGCCAUCGCAUACGACGACUACACCAAGUACAUGGAAGAGCUGAUGGACGACAAGAUAGACGAAGCGCGGCGCGGCACCCAGCCUGAGGGCAUGGACCUCAUGGGCUCUCUUGUGCGGUGCGCUUAUGAAGCCGACGCCGCCAAGAGGAGCAACGACAGCGGCAACAAGGCGACGAACCUCCCGGUUCUGAGCCGGCAAGAGAUUAUUGGCAACGCCUUCAUCAUGUUCGCGGCGGGGCAUGAGACGUCUGGCGGAAGCAUGCACUUCCUGAUGGUGCAGCUGGCGACGAACCCGUCGGUGCAGCGCAAGCUUCAGAGGGACAUUGACGAGCUGUUCGGCGACUCGGACCCCAGCACCUGGGACUUUGACUCCAAGAUAAACGGCAUGACGGCGAGCAUGAUCGGGGCGUGCAUGUACGAGACGCUGCGCAUCCUGCCCCCGGCCGUCGAGCUCCCCAAGGAGGUGUCCCGGCUGGCGGACCAGCCCAUCACCAUGGACGGGCGCGAGUACGUGCUCCCCAAGGGCACGGGCAUCGCCAUCGUCAGCUCGGGCGUGCACCUGAACCCGCGGUACUGGCCGCACGGGGAGAGCAAGAUCCGGCGCGACUGCAACGACCUGCGCGACUUCCAGCCGGAGCGGUGGUUCCAGAAGUCGGGGCUCGGGGCGAGCGGCGUCGAGGACAUGGCGGGCGCCGACGCGGAGCAGUACGGCGGCUACGCGGGACCCGACACCAACGCGCAGCUGUUCCGGCCGGUCCGGGGCGCGUACGUGCCCUUCAGCGACGGGUCGCGGUCGUGCCUGGGGCGGCGGACGGCCCAGGCCGAGAUCACGGCCAUGCUGGCGGUCAUCUUCCGCGAGUACAGCAUGGAGCUGGCCGUCGACGAGUGGGCCAGCGAGGACGAGGUGCGGGCCAUGAGCCGCGACGAGCUGGCGAGCCUGUACCGGCGGGCGCAGGACAAGAGCCGCUGGACCGUGAUGCAGGCGUACAGCGUGAUUACGCUCACCUUGCACGGCGAGCACCACGUGCCGCUGAGGCUGGUGAGGAGGGGCAACGAGCGCUUCGUCGACUGGGUGGACGAGUGA